CGAGAGUAUUCUGAUAAGAAACGUCAAAAGUUGUUUAAUAUCGACCAUAUGUUGUGAUAAAUUUCCUUUACUGAUUUGUUCGGAUAAAUUAGAAUUUUUCAUUUAAAUAAGUAGAACGUGAAAUUUUAUUCUAUAAUCAUGCAGAACGUUCAGGACUGGCGCGAUCGUGGCGCUGAGGAUGCCAAUACCAUUUCCAUGCGCAUUUGCCAGGAGGGACAUGCAAAUGCAUUGGCCCUGAAUAGGGAAUGCAAUCAAAUAGCAGUUGCAGGACGAAGUCUUUUAAAGGUUUAUGCUAUUUAUAGCGAUGGGUUUACAGAAGUUUGCAAUAUGCGCGGUGGUAAAAAUCAAAAUCUUAGCUGCUCGUCUAAUGACGUAGCAUGGAACUCCUUGGAUAGUAAUAUAUUGGCAACCGCUGCCACAAAUGGUGUAGUAUCCGUAUGGGAUCUUAGCCGCUUCGGACAAAAGAAACAAUUACACGUUUAUAAUGAGCAUGAACGUACUGCCCACACUGUUGCCUUUGACAUUCACGAUCCUCACAUACUCGUAUCUGGUUCUCAAGACGGUACAAUUAAGCAGUUCGAUAUACGCAAUGAGAAGUCAUCCUAUACAUACUAUAGUAAUUCAGAAUCUGUGCGUGAUGUAAAGUUUAGUCCACAUAUGCAAUAUGUGAUAUCGGCGGUUUCAGAAAACGGGACCGUUCAGUUGUGGGACUUGCGAAAAGGCGACAAAAGUAUUCUUCAGUUUACAGCCCAUAGCGGACCGGUUUAUACUUGUGAUUGGCAUCCAACCAAAAACUGGUUGGCCACUGGCAGCCGUGAUAAACAAAUAAAAAUUUGGAAUAUGGAUGGGAAAGCAUCACUGGAGCAUACAAUUCAUACCAUUGCAGUCGUAGGCAGGGUGAAGUGGCGGCCUGACCGAACUUAUCACAUUGCAAGUUGUGCAUUAGUAGUCGAUUAUAGCAUUCAUAUUUGGGAUAUUCGUCGUCCAUAUAUACCAUUUGCCUCCUUCAAUGAUCAUACAAAUGUAACUACUGGCAUCGCUUGGAAGGGUGACAAUUCUCAGCUCUUACUUUCGACCAGUAAAGACUCCACUAUUUAUCGACAUGCAUUUAAAGACGCAUCCCGACCAGCAUUAAAAGCAAAUGCACAAGGCGCUAGUUUGGGUCAUCGUGGAGAUAUUUCCUUCGCGCGAAAAAUUAAGUUAACACCUAGUGAGGCUAUUACACAAGGGUCUAAAAUCAAUUCAUUCGUAAAUCGCCGAAGGCCCACUAACACUGAAGAGCAAUUCCAUUUAGCUCAAUCAAAUGUUUGCCAGUUUCUUCUUAAGCCAUCGUACACCGGAUAUUCAGUGGAGGAGGAAGUUACACAUUUGAAGGAACAUGAAUGCUUCAUUGGUUGCGCUAGAGAGCUAAUUCUGAGCGGUAGAAAGUUAACAGAUAUGUGUGAACAAAAUGCAAUUGUUACAAAAAAAUAUGGAAAGCACAAUGCAACCACAUUGUGGACAUUUAUCAAGGUUUUAUAUGGAUCCACGGAAUUCAGUAAACAAAAGUACGAUAUACAUCGCAACUCUUUUUCUAAUCAAAAAAGUGCACAAUCCUUACGUCGCCCCGCCCAAAUAGUAAACGUUCACGAAGCGCUUCAGUGGGAUGGUAAACAAAAUAAUGACAAUGUUGACAAUGACGACAUUGCAAAUACUGUUUUGCAUCUGGAUAUCGAUUCGUCUCACGGUGUUGUAGGAGUAGGUUUGGGAAAUAUGAAACAUAACUAUCCUCCAUUCGGUUCUGUGAUUCUCUCCGAAACACAAAUACUUAAUGAAAUAACAUUUGACAACUUUGAUCUGCUAAGAGAAGGCUUCAUAUACGUUGGGCCACCAGAUUUCUCAAAAAUGCAUUCUCAUCAAGAAACCGCGUUGCAUCAUGAUGUGCAAGCGGCACGCCCACAAUUAGAUUUAAAGGCCGAAUGUAAGGAAAACCCACCAACGUCCAAUAUUUCAAGUAUUCUCAAGGUAAAUUCGACGCCCGCCAUACCGAUUUGGGAGCCACAUCAAUUUGUUGCGGAAUCAAUAAUGCUGCAAGGUGAUGUUGGUGAUGUACAAACAAGUAUUUCGAUAUUGAUUGCGAUGGGUGAGGCACGAAAACUGCUCCAAAUCGAUGAUACACUCGUUGAAACAUGGUUUCAGACAUAUAUCGAUCAACUGCAUCGCUAUCAGCUCUGGAAUGAAGCAUGUAAGGUAAUGAAUCUUUCUUGGCUUCGUCCAGUUCGUGAGCUGAACCAACAAUCCACCUCAGUGCACACAAAUUGUGGUGAAUGUGGGCGCCCUUUGGGCAGCAGUGUGGGAUGGUACUGUCAGAAAUGCAAAUCAAUGCAGUCAUCAAAGUGUUCCGUUUGUGGUCUCAUCGUGCGUGGCCUUUAUGCGUGGUGUCAAGGAUGCUCGCAUGGUGGUCAUUUAGAACAUAUUAUGGAUUAUUUUGGCAAUCACUUUAAAUGUCCGAAAUGUGGUCACUUGUGUGAAUACAAUUAGUAUUUUCGAAUGUGAAUAUCACUUUUACUUACAUACCCGUAUUGAUAAGAAUAAAUACUAAAUAAAUAAAUAAAUUUUCAAAUUAUAUUUUCAUUAUAAUA